ACGUUAUCCGCCGGUGCUCCGUCUGAAGACCGCGAGCCUCGCCAGAUUCAUUCGCGUCUCCGUCAUGGAUAUGCUGGGGAAGAAAGAGCCGAGAGGCAGGGAUGUGAAGGGCUUGUUGAAGAGGAACUGGAUUCUCAUAGCAACCAUCAGCUCGGUGAUACUGGGGAUCGCGCUGGGAGUGCUGGUGCGGGACUACACCUCUCUGUCGCAGCUGGAGAAGCAGUACUUUGGCUUCCCGGGAGAAAUCCUGAUGAGAAUGCUAAAGCUGGUCAUCCUGCCUCUCAUCGUCUCCAGCAUGAUAACAGGAGUGGCAGCGCUGGACUCCGAGGUGUCGGGCAGGAUCGGUCUGCGUGCAGUGGUUUAUUACCUCUCCACUACCAUCAUCGCUGUCAUUCUUGGAAUCGUUCUUGUGAUGACGAUUAAACCCGGGGUGUCUCAGAGUGCUGAUAAUAUCGAGAGAGCAGGAAGCACUCCGAAUGUGACCACUGUUGACACCUUACUGGACCUGGUUAGGAAUAUGUUUCCUGAAAAUCUUGUGCAAGCCUGUUUUCAGCAGUAUAAGACGCAGCACAAAGAGAUUGAACCAUCGAAAACCAACAUAAGCACAAGUAAUAUGACUACAUUUCCACCGUUCACCACAAUUAUUUCAACAGUUGCACAGAAUUUGACCAAAGACUACAAGAUUGUGGGCUCAUAUUCAGAUGGCAUUAAUGUACUUGGUCUGAUCGUAUUCUGUGUGACUUUCGGCCUGGUCAUCGGCAAGAUGGGAGAAAGGGGUCAAAUCCUGCUCGAGUUCUUUGAUGCUCUGAAUGAGGCAACCAUGAGACUCGUUCAGAUUAUUAUGUGUUACAUGCCCGUUGGCAUCUUGUUCCUGAUUGCUGCCAAGAUCAUGGAGGUGGAUGACUGGGAAAUCUUCAGGAAGAUGGGCCUGUACAUGGUGACGGUGCUCAGCGGACUAGCCAUCCAUUCCAUGGUAUUCCUCCCACUGAUAUACUUUGUGUUUGUGAGGAAGAAUCCAUUCACCUUCACUCUGGGAAUGGCACAGGCCUUACUAACUGCUCUCAUGAUUUCCUCAAGCUCAGCCACUCUGCCGGUCACGUUCCGAUGCGCAGAGGAGAACAACAGGAUCGACAAGAGAAUCACUCGCUUCGUGCUUCCAGUUGGUGCGACUAUCAAUAUGGACGGCACUGCACUGUAUGAAGCUGUUGCUUCUAUAUUCAUAGCUCAGCUGAACAACUACGACCUGGACGCUGGCCAGAUUGUUACCAUUAGUAUCACGGCAACAGUCGCCAGCAUUGGUGCAGCAGGAGUUCCAAAUGCUGGACUGGUAACCAUGGUGAUAGUCCUCACAGCAGUAGGCCUUCCUGCCAGUGAUGUCACCCUCAUCGUUGCUGUCGAUUGGCUGCUCGAUCGCUUCCGUACCAUGAUCAACGUGCUGGGAGACGCCUACGGCGCUGGAAUAGUCCAGAAGCUGUCAAAGCGAGAACUAGAGAGGAUGGACCUGAUUUCAGACGUGGACGCGGCCAACCCCUUCGCACUGGAGACCACGCUGGACGACGACGAGUGUGAGAAGAAAUCUUACGUGAACGGUGGAUUCACCAUCGACAAAAGCGACGCUAUUUCCUUCACCGAGACCUCGCAGUUCUAGUGGCGCGCGGCGGUCUCUGCUGAACACGUGACAUCGCUGAAAGGAGUUCAGAGAGGUAGGAGCCAUUCAUAAAACCAGUGCCAUGACUAGGACGGAAAGUCAUUAGUGAGGACAUGAUUGAGUGCGGACAUUAGCAAUACCUGCCCUUGCGGUUCUCCUUCCUUCAUUUUCCCAACCUUGCUCUUGAACUUACGUGUGCGUGCGCUAGACUGAGAGAAGAAAAAAACAGAUGUGAGAAAACUGUGCUUCCAUAGCUCAUUAACAUGUUUCCAUGAAUUAUGCAAAGCUGUUUUCUUUUUAUUAAUGGCAGUUGUUUCCUUUGGUUUUGUACUAACGAACAGCUUUUUAGCAGUAGGCGAUUUU